ACAUGGCGGUUCAGGGCCAGAUCCCAGUACCUGGUUGUCCCCGUCAUCAGGGGAAAGGAUUUAUUUAUGUCUGUAAAUCGUGUGACGAUCAGCUGAUUUGUAUGGAUUGUGUUACAGACAGUCACAAUGGUCACACAUCGGGAAAACUCACUGAAUAUGUGACGAGCCAGAAACAGGAAAUACAACAGUAUGUUGACAAACUCUCCAAGGUCGACAUUCCGAAAGUUCAGGAAGAUAUUCGGGAGAAUGAGACAAACGGGGGAAAAUAUCAGGCAGUUAUCAGAGACAUUAAACGUCAGGGGGAAAAGAUGAAAGACGAUAUCGACAGAAAUAUCGAUAUGUUAGUGAACAUGUGUACCGAGUUAGAAAAAUUGAAUGCGACUAUUUCUGAGAAAAACAAAACGGCAUUAAACAAACAUCUGACCGAGGACUUGAAUCCGAAACUGAACAGAUGCCAGGAAGUAUUGGAAAAUGGCAAUACGGUCGACAUCACAACGUUAGUACGGGAAAUCAGGAAUACCUCCACUGAUCCACCUACUCCCGGUAGAUUACAGACAGUGGAAUUCAAACCCGGAAGCAUAUCUACUAAACUGUUGGAACAUAUGUUCGGUAACAUACUAGUCGACGGACAGGAUCAGUCAUACAAACCGAUUCCGACCCCCGUGGUUCUUGACGAGUUCAAGACGCCAAUUUCUUGCGAUGUAUGUCGUAGGGGUCUUACUGGUGACGAGGCGUGGCUAUCGUACUGGAAAAGUGAUAGUGUGUACCGGGUGGAUACUAAAGGCAGAGUGAAGGAGAAGAUCGAUUGUAAGGUUAAAGUCGAUUCGAUAUCCAUAUCCCCGACAACAGGCAGGGUGUGGUUCUGUGUGCGUGAUGACAGAAGUAUCUGGGAAAUCACGACAGGUGGUGAUAUUGUUCAACAAUUCAACGUCACCGACACGCCACGUGCUCUUUGUAUGACCAGUGAUGACAUGGUAGUGGUGGGGAUGAUGGGAGGAAUACAGCUGUUCACUACAGACGGACGGGCGGUAUCAUCUAGAGCAGGAGGUCCUUGUAGACAGGUGGCAGUAUUUCCUCAUCACAUGACGUCAUGUAAACAGACCAGUGACGUAGCUGUUGUUGACCGUGAUGACAUGUUUUUUGAUAACUACAUGGCUGGUAAGGAACAAGACAAACAACCGUACGUCAUCGUGAUGGAUAAACACCUCAACCUGAAGUUUCACUGCAAAGACAUCGGUACGACCAAUCCAAACCGAAGUUCUACUCAGUCAUCAAAUUUUUAUCCGUUUGAUGUUUGUUUUGACGGAGCUGGUGAUGUCCUUGUAACGGAAUGGAUCACCAAGUCAGUACUACUGAUUGACAGGAACACUGGACGCUGUAUGAGGACUAUUUAUACAUCUGACAGAGCUGUACCUAAGUGUAUCAGUCUACACGAGGACGGUACAAUUUGGGUCGGACACAGGGGCAGAAGAAUUAAGAUAUUACAAUACAAAUAUACAUAGACAUUUUGUAUAUAACACUUCACUAAAUAGGCUACACCGACCUCGUUUCUCUGUGCUGUACCAGACGUAACCGUAAGUACAGUAGACAGCAUUGUAAAAAACGUGGACUUUAUACAUAGACUUAAUACCAUAAAGUUGAUGUCAUUCAGACUGAUAUGCAGGAAGCAUCGAUAUUUUCAUUUAGCACUUUACAAGGUGAUGUGGAUAAAUAAACGAGGUGUCAUAUUCUUCUCGAUGGUAAACUUGUAUGUUAUCUUCAUGCUCGAUAUAACCUAUUUCCAGGUGGGCACACAAUAAGUAUACAUGUUGACCAAAGCCAUAGAUUUCAUUCUGAAAUUAUUCCCCAUUUCAAAUUUCUUUGCUCACUUUACAGACUGCCGUCAAUAAAUGAAACACUCUUUUUAUUUGGAGUUCCUAGAAGCCGCUAUCGGAUGCUGGCGACUUACAUGUAAAUAUUGUACAAAUCAGUAUGUUAAGAAUUUUGUCUUCAUUUUCUCGUCACUUUUUGAAUUGUCAAGGACUUAAAUUCGCGUGUGUAGUUCACACCUUUCAAACUUGAGCGGCUAUAUAUCAAUCCAAAGUAUUAUACACUGAAUGUUUGAAUAAAACGAGAUAAAAAACACGUGACUGAACUGGACGUCUGAUAUUCCCGUGUAGAUUGUAUGUCAUUUAUUAGCCAACACUGUUACUAUUUAUAGUGGUCCGGAUUACGCCUGUUCUUGAGUGUGUACAUUAGAUAAUUAGUAUGGCCGAGUUUAUCUUCACAUUUACACUUUUGCUUACGUAACUAUUCGUGUUUUAAAUUCAAACUAUGAAGUAAACUUUCAUUCCUCAUUCGUGUAAUUCACGUGAUAUCAUCAAUCAAAUAAUCAAUUUGCUACCCAUUGUAUGUAUCAAGUACCCUAUGUAUUAAUUCUUUUAGAAUUAUUUUCCUAUUUUUAUAGAGUUCUAUUCCUGCUUUUAAUUUCUAUGAUGAUAUUAACAUUAUGACUUAUGUUUUGUUUAUUGCUGUAAACCAUUCUUAUCUAAUUUUGAAGAUUUUGAAUAGAAGUUGAUGA